UGUCUUUCUGCGCUCGCGCGCCACGGACACUCACUUCCGGCCCUGCGCACUCAGGGUCUGAGGCCGCUAGUAGCUGGAGGGUCACCAUGAAGUCCAAUCCCUUCGUGACCUCGGACCGCAGUAAAAACCGCAAACGUCACUUCAGUGCCCCCUCACACGUGCGCAGGAAAAUCAUGUCAUCCCCGCUCUCCAAGGAGCUGCGGCAGAAGUACAAUGUCCGCUCCAUGCCCAUCCGCAAGGACGACGAGGUCCAGGUACUUCGAGGACACUACAAAGGUCAGCAAAUUGGCAAGGUAGUCCAGGUGUACAGAAAGAAAUAUGUCAUCUACAUCGAGCGGGUGCAGCGUGAGAAGGCCAACGGCACAAUCGUCCACCUGGGCAUUCACCCGAGCAAGGUGGUUAUCACCAGGCUAAAACUGGACAAGGAUCGGAAAAAAAUUCUUGAACACAAAGCCAACUCUCGACAUGUCGGAAAAGAGAAAGGCAAAUAUAAAGAAGAACUUAUUGAGAAAAUGCAGGAAUAAAUAGAAUCUGUUGUGCAACCACGGUUUAACCGGAGAUUUUGAGGCUAGUGUGUGUUUCUUUCGAACUUUUCAGAAUGUCUCUGGAACAUUUCAUUUCCUGUUUUGUUACCUGUGGCUCUGUAAAUCUACUUUUGCAAUUUUAAUUAAUAAUUUUAUGAAUAAAAAUGGGAAAUGCUUCCUAAUUCCAAAUAGUAUUUGCAUUGUUUUAUAAAUAAAUUCCACUUACUAUCAA